AUGCGCAUAGUGCUUUCCAGUGCCGACCGUACACCGCCCGCUACGAUGCGCAUUCUGCUCGUGAACCCCAACAGCACCGAGGCUAUGACCCAGGCCGCCGGCGCAAGAGUCCAGGCGUACCUGGCCAGCGCGUACGGCGCAGCGGCGGCGUCGCUGAACGUGUCACUGUUCACGGCGCCUCCAGACGCGCCCCGCAUGAUCGACGGCGAGGACGCCUCGCGCGAGUCCGCGGCCAAGUGCCUGCCGCUGCUGUGCCGGCGCGCCGAGCCCGACGCGCUGCAGUACUUUGACACCUUCGACGGCGUGCUCAUCGCGUGCUUCUCGGACCACCCGCUCGUGCACAUGUUGCAGCAGCGCGCGGAGCGCGCGACCCAGGUCACGUGCAUCUUCCAUGCCUCGCUCACCGCGUGCUUGGCGCGCGCGGGCGCGCGCUUCUCGAUCAUCACCUCGAACGACGAGUGGGUCGCGUUGCUGGACGCGGCGGCCGCGCGUCUGCUGGGCGCGGAGCCCCCGUUCGCGUCGUCCAAGGCGCCGUUCAAGGGCACGGUAGCGUCCUCCGUGCCCGUGCUCGAUCUCCACGACCCGGCCAACCUGCACGCGAUCGCGAAACGUAUCUACGAAGAGAACGUGGUGCGCCUGGACACGAGUACGGUGAUCCUAGGCUGUGCCGGGUUCUCGGGCAUGGAGGCGGCGCUGAGCCAGGAAAUCACCAAAAUCGCCGCCCAGCGCGACCCCGGCCGGACCCUUCACGUGACCUUGGUCGACAGCGUCAUUAGCGGCGUGGAGACCCUGGCGCUGAUGUGCCGUCUGCGCCAGGACUACGACUCGAACAUGCAGCAAAUUUGA